CAUAUACUUUUGACAAUGGAAUAACGUCUAGCAAGGCUAGAUAAUUGAUCUGAGCAUAAACAGAUUUAUCUGUGGUGGCGUGAGUAUUUUUGACGUUUGUCUCUGUCGUAUAUCGUCUGUGAUAUGUUAUGUUUAUGUAGAUAAUUAAUAAUUACGUAGUGAUUAUAUACUCUUUGGUUUUCUUCUAUUUACAAAAUAAAGCAUCAGGGUGCGGUUUUUAUUGUAAAUUUAAAUAAUUUGAAAAAUCAAGGAAAUUGAUAAAUUUAAAUCCGUAAAACACCAACUACACCAAGAUGCAGUGCUGCGUGCCUUUCUGCGUAAAUACUUCAGACAAUGCGUCAACAUCUGAGGGAACAGGAAUUACCUUUCAUGAGUUACCCAGUGAAGAUAAUCUCCAUGCUGCUUGGCUCAGAGCCCUCGGCACACAAGACCAUCACCUGCCCGACCCUGCUGUGGUCUGCUCACAGCAUUUUUUAGAUGAAGACUUUUAUAUAUCAAAGAGUUGUGUAAGGCAGAUUCGCUCUAAUGCUAUACCUACAACAGUGCAGAUGUGCAUGAUAUGCCUGGACACUGACAGCAAGCUGUCUCUAAUGAGUAAACACAAGUUGGAGGAGGCAUAUGAACAGCUAACUGGACUGUCUUUGUGUCGUGGAGGAAACCUGAAGCAAACACUCUGUGUGCUGUGUGCUCAGAGAUUGAUUAACUUCAGUAGAUUUAGAGACUUGUGCUUGAGAGCCCAUUCACUGAUGACAGACUUACAUGCACAAGAUGAAUCAAUUACAAUAAAACAUAUAGAAUUGAUGAACUGCACAGCGAAACAUCUCAAGUUUAAUUUGACACGAACCACAUUACCAGCUAAUCACUGUGACUUGUACAUAGAUCACACUGAUGAAGAGGAACAGACAGCAGCAGAGGAAUCUGUAGUGGGAGAUGUUGAAACAGUUGUGGUAAAGACUGAAGACAAUUCCAACGACCUUAUUUCUACCGACAAUUACUCCAAUAUAAGCAUAAAGUUGGAAACAUGUUUACUAGAUGAAGAUAUAAAUGAAUCACUUGAUGCAAACACAGCAGUUUCCCGCACUACAGUUCCAGAACAUGUGCCCGAAACAGAGAAUUUCAUUAAGAUUGAAAGUGUUACCUUUGGCUGUACGCUUUGUUCUGAAGAGUUUAUGCAAGAGAAUGAAUACUAUGAACACAUGAGCGAGCAUCUCAAGAAUGCUGGAGACGUGUGCGAGCCUCGUGCAGCUGUGAGCCGCAGCGGUGACUCACUCGUGCUGCAGAACAAGUCAGUAUACAACGACCCUGCAUGUGAUGCAUCACAAGUGUGCGAGCCUCGUGCAGCUGUGAGCCGCAGCGGUGACUCACUCGUGCUGCAGAACAAGUCAGUAUACAACGACGCUGCAUGUGAUGCAUCACAAGUGUGCGAGCCUCGUGCAGCUGUGAGCCGCAGCGGUGACUCACUCGUGCUGCAGAACAAGUCAGUAUACAACGACGCUGCAUGUGAUGCAUCACAAGUGUGCGAGCCUCGUGCAGCUGUGAGCCGCAGCGGUGACUCACUCGUGCUGCAGAACAAGACAGGAAGUCGGAGGCGGAAUGAUGUCCCUCCCCCGGCUGCAGACUGCGCUCAGGCUUUAGUCGCUCCACUGUCCGCGAGACUUGCGGCAAACAAGGACCACACAGUGCAGGCAACUGAAGAAGCAGCUGCGACCCGGAAAAGUGAACAAAUCCUUGAGACUGACAUUGGCGAACUGGACAACCAAUCAUCUCAGAGCGGCACCAAAAUAUAUACAGACAUAAAUAGAUUCACAAACUGUGUAGUACAGUUAUAUGAUAUUUUCAAGAAACCGAAAAAACCUGUACCAGAUAAGAAACCACGCGUGAAAACCCACACUGAUGCAAAGCCUUAUUCUUGUGAGAUGUGCAAUUAUAAAUGUGCACGUAAACAUCAUUUAUUAUAUCACAUGAACACUCACACUGGCGAAAAGCCUUUUUCUUGUAAGGUUUGCAAUUAUAAAUGUACAAUAAAAAGUAAUUUAUUGCGUCACAUGAAAACGCACACUGGCGAAAAGCCUUUUUCUUGUGAGAUUUGCAAUUAUAAAUGUGCACUCAGAGGUGAUUUAAAAAGACAUAAAAGAAUCCACACUGGCGAAAAGCCUUUUCCUUGUGAGAUUUGCAAUUAUAAAUGUACACGUAAACGUCAUUUAUUGAAUCACAUGAAAAGGCACACUGGUGAGAAACCUUAUUCUUGUCAGAUUUGCAAUUAUAAAUGUAUACAGAAACAUCAGUUAUUACAUCAUAUGAAAACGCACACUGGUGAGAAACCUUAUUCUUGUCAGAUUUGCAAUUAUAAAUGUAUACAGCGACGUCAGUUAUUACAUCAUAUGAAAACGCACACUGGCGAGAAACCAUUUUCUUGUUAGAUUUGCAAUUAUAAAUGUGCACAUAAACCUAAUUUAUUGCAACAUAUGAAAACACACACUAGUGAGAAGCCUUUUUGUUGUGAGAUAUGUAGUUAUAGAUGUGCACGCAAAGGUGAUUUAAACAGACAUAAAAGAACGCACACCAUCAUCAGAAAGAUCUCACAUCUGCAGAAAGAUGUAAUUUAUUGCGACAUAAGAUGAUAAUGCACACUCACUAACAGCCAUAUUUAUAGACAAGUAAAAGUCUUUACUUAAGCAAAAGUAAUUGCUUAAACAACGAUUUUCAUUCUAUAGUCUACUAAACGGCAGAAGUAAGCAAUGCAAUAAUUAAGAAUUCUUAGCUAAGUAAUAGUCACGAUUUUCUUUAUUUAAGAAUAGUCUGUCGAGUGUUUUAAAACAAUUUGAGGUAAGUAUUCUAUCAUUUGUGCCUGUGACGUGGAACACUUGUGAAUUUGUAAAAUAUUUCAACAGUUUGCUUACGUACAUAUUUAUUUGUUGUUUUGUUCUGUGUACGUAAAUAAUAUGGAUAAUAUAGAGAAUUUGUUUUCACUUGUGGACAGUAUUGAUAUUGAUGUUUUGCGGGAAGUUGAUGAAAGAAUUAAUAUUCCUGAUACUAGAAUGCCGAAAAAAUACCUUCUAGAUAUGGACCCACUUAAACUUGACUAUUUUUCUGAUCAAAUGUAAUUAUUGUAUCCGAAAGUGCCGCAAGUGUUGAUACACUCUAAAGUGCAAACAGAAGUUACAGUUGUAAACUAUUGACAACUGUACGAAGUGCAACUCUCUGCGCUGCUGCUAAAAUCAGUUGAACGUUCCAGAUACUAGGCUAGACAGAUAAAAAUUAAAAAAUGUUACAUAUACAAUAUACAUACACUAUCGAAUAAUAGCCAGAAUCUUUGAAUAGCAAUGAAAACUCGAUUUUCGAAAAAUGGUGUGAAUUAAAAAAGUUUAUUUCAAUCAGUAACAAAUAAUUAAAGGCUAGUCUUCUUUUAAGAGUUGUACACUCCUGUGACAGAAGACGCCGCUCUUCCAUAACAAGCCGUUAUUAAAAAUAUUUAUAAUUCAUCAUAGUGGGUACAACAAAAAAAAAAUCUAAAGACAUAAAAACAUGUGUGUGUGUGUGUGUCUUGGGUAAUGUACUCGUAUUAUGUAAUACGCUUCAGUAGAGAUUCAACUAUCUAUCUCUUACAUAAUACUGGCCUGUGUAUACUGGACGAUGGACUGAAAAGCUGCUUCACUGGUAUCCAUGCGUUAAGUGCUGGCCUCACUGACACAGCAGGUAUCAAUUGGAUUAGAUUUGCGAGCGAGAAAAGUAGGUGCUUUAAUAACAAAAUUAAAAAAAAAUGUUAAAUGUAUGAAAUAUACUUUAUUGUACACCAAAAAGAAUAAUAACAAGCAAGAAGUUAACUUAAAAAGUAAUGUACAAUUGGCGGCCUUAUCGCUAAUGAGCGAUCUCUUCCAGACAACCAAUCGAAAAAGAGAAAAUAAAUACAAGGAAUAAUGAAUAAUGACGGGUGUACACAUAAAAAGAAAAGUAGAAAAUACAUGACACUUAGAUAAUAUAUAAAUCAAAAUAUACAUACUUAUAACAAGUUGCCAUACUUAAAAUCGUAAAUUAUUAAAUGUACAUUCUAUAUACUGAAUUCAUCAUCAAUCAUACUAAAUUAAAGUUCACAGCAGGUCCAAACUGGAGAAGGGUCGCAUUAGAAAGAGAGUGGAAGUCGCUGGAGGAGGCCUAUGCCGAAAGGCACACUAUGCCUAUAUAGGAGACAUUCUUUAAAAAAAAAAAAACAAAAUGUAAUGUAUAUAUUGUAAUUUCUUAACGCAGUAUAAAGGGCUUAUUAUUACUUUUAUACUAAAUUGACAUUAAUAAUUAGACAAAUUUGUAUUAUUUUGUAUUUGUAAUUUGUAUUGGUUAUUGAAAUAAAGGCUGUUAUUUUUCCUCUCA